AUGCACCUGGUGGCUGGGCCUUUGCCCAAGGGACCCGUUAACAUCAUACAGAAGAAGACAGACCUGGUGCUCGAGGACGUGGAGGACGAAGCCCAACUGGAGGUGAAGGAGGUGAAAGAGGAGCCACAGCAGCAGAAAGAGAAUCAGCAACCGACAAAAAAAGAGACCGGCGAUGCAGAGACGCAGGUGGAUCAGCUGACUCCUCUGAUGGACACCAUCAAGAAGGAGGCUGGAGAGGCCGUCCUUGCUCACAUGGAGGAAAGGCUGCAGCAGGAGCGUCUGGAGGCGGCCCGUGUUGCUGAGGAGAUGGCCAGGAAGGCCGCGGAGGAGGCGGUCCGACAACUGGAGGUCGAACAUUCAGCCAAGAUUGUCAUAGAAACGCUUCCGGAGCCCAACGAGCAGCUUCCCAACAUCCUGGAGGAGGAAAAUGAAGACGAUCCAGAGUUGCAAAACCUGCAGGAGGACAGUGAAGACAGCACAGAAAACAAGUGUCUGGUAGACGUCUGUCCAGAGACAGAAAGACCUCCGACUCCGACCAUCACAUCUGAGCCAGCUGAGCACGUCACUCCUUCCUCAACAGAGGUGGAGCCGGCAUCGGAGAGGAGGGAGCUGGAAAGUCCUGUUACCCAGCAGCCGGCAGAGGCUCCGCCCACCACGGGGGAGACCAGCGCAGCACAAUAUUCUGCAGAAGAAGAAGCAGCUGGAUGUGGAGUUCCCGACAUUUGUGCACCGAUAAAGAGCUUUCUGCUCCAGUUCCCGCUUGCUGCUGAGUGUUUGGAGAGCUGCAGGAAGCUGAUGCAUGACCACUUCCUCCCCCCGCCCACGCUGUCCAUGCCGACCCCGCCUCCAGAGCUGGCCCAGCUGACCCAGGAGCUGUCGCAGCUCUGCGAGCAGAACUGCAGCAAAGGUUUGGCUGAAGCUCCGAUGCUGAAGGUGGAGGAUGUGGAUCCGGAUGUGGGGCUCCGACGUACCCUGAACAUCCCACAAAUUAUCACCACCCCCGAACCGGAGCCCAACACUCUGACGGUCCCGAAGUCCAGCAAAGCAGGGGAUUUCUCUGCAGACGAGGAGAAUGAAGAGCUGCUGAAAUCCAGGGCAGCGACCUGGGCCAGUCAUGAAGACCUCCUGACUGCAGAUGAGGAGAUGCGUCCUGAGUCCUCCACCAGCAUCUGCAGCUUUGUGGUCCAGGACCGUCUGAAUAAUCUCGUCAAACUCUUCAAAGGUCGGACAGAUCGGCAGAAAGACCGGCUGGUGGAUCCAGACGAAUCUGAGGAUGACAGUCCCACAGCAUCCCCCAAAAAAGCCGCCCCGGCACCUCCUCCACCUCCACCUCCACCAGGAGAAGAGAAGAAGGUUGACACGGCAGAGCCAGAGGAGGAAAUUCAGGAGGAGGAGAUCCAGUUUGAUAUAUUUGGGUAUCCGGUUAAAAUUCCUAAACUACCCAAACUCCCACCAAUCCCGGACUGGUUGCGAGCCAUCCUGGACUACCGCUUCCCCUCCAGCAUCGACCCGUUCACCGAUCUGAUCUAUGUGAUCUGGCUCUUCUUCGUGGUGGCGGCAUGGAACUGGAAUGUGUGGCUGAUCCCCGUUCGUAUGGCGUUCCCCUACCAAACGCCAGAGAACAUCCACCUGUGGCUGCUGGCCGACUACACCUGCGACUUCAUCUACAUCGCCGACAUGGUCAUCUUCCAGCCCAGACUGCAGUUCGUCCGCGGUGGAGACAUCGUGUGUGAUAAAAAAGACAUGCGAGAACAUUAUAUGACCACUGAGAGGUUCAAGAUGGACGUCAUCAGUCUGUUUCCUAUGGAGGUACUGUACUACUUCACAGGGGUGAACCCCCUGCUGAGGUUCCCUCGUCUCCUGAAGUACAUGGUUUUCUCUGAGUUCAAUGACAGAAUGGAGGCCGUGAUGAAGAAAGCGUACAUCUACAGGGUGAUCCGGACCUCCACCUACCUGCUGUACUCUCUGCACAUCAACGCCUGCCUCUUCUACUGGGGCUCCGACUACGAGGGACUGGGGUCCACUAAGUGGGUCUACGAUGGAAAAGGGAACGCUUACAUCCGCUGUUACUACUUUGCUGUGAAGACGCUGAUCACCAUCGGAGGUCUGCCGGAUCCCACCACCGUCUUCGAGAUCUGCUUCCAGCUCAUCAACUACUUCGUUGGUGUCUUUGCUUUCUCCAUCAUGAUUGGUCAGAUGAGGGACGUUGUUGGGGCAGCAACAGCAAGUGAGAACUACUACCGACACUGCAUGGACAGCACCGUGAAGUACAUGAACUCCUACAACAUCCCCCGAGAAGUCCAGAACCGCAUCAAGACCUGGUACGACUACACCUGGAAGAGCCAAGGCAUGCUGGAUGAACAGGAGCUGCUGGUGCAGCUUCCUGCCAAGAUGAGGCUGGACAUCGCCGUGGACGUCAACUACACCAUCGUCAGUAAAGUCGCCCUGUUUCAGGGUUGUGACAGGCAGAUGGUGUUCGACAUGCUGACCAGGCUGAAGUCUGUCGUCUAUCUGCCCGGAGACUUUGUCUGUAAAAAGGGGGAGAUCGGCAGGGAGAUGUACAUCAUCAAGCAGGGGGAGGUUCAGGUGGUGGGCGGUCCUGACCUUCAGACGGUUUUCGUCACCAUCAGAGCCGGCUCGGUGUUUGGAGAGAUCAGUCUGCUGGCAGGGGGUGGAGGAAACCGACGAACAGCCAACGUGAAGGCGCAUGGAUUCGCCAACCUCUUCAUCCUGGAUAAGAAGGACCUGGCGGAGAUCCUGGUCCACUACCCCGAAUCUCAGAAGCUGCUGCGCAAGAAGGCCAAGACGAUGCUGACGAAGGACAAGAAGCCAGAAGAGAAGGCAGGAAAGGAGGAGGCGGCCAUCGUUCCCCCCCGACCAGACACCCCCAAACUGUUCAAGGCUGCCCUGAAGGUUACGGAGCAGGCGGGAAUAGAAGGAACCUUCGCCAAGCUGAAGAAGGUCUACAAGUCGGCUGGGAGCCCCCCUGAGGCUCCUCCGGCCUCCAUCUCUCCGGUCCCACCUCCGUCUCCGAUGCACCGACGUUCUCCGGUUCCUCGGAUAGUGCCAGAAGAUGUAGACGAGUCGGUGGCAGAGACGGCCGACAGCUCUGUCAUCAUCAGGAUGACUCCACGGCGGGAAGGGGAGGAGCUACUCUCGGUGGAGGUGGCACCGAGGGAAGAGGAGGAGAAGAAAGAAGAGGGUACAGAUGAAAAGGAGGAGAAAUGAUCUGAGAGGAUGCAAAAAAAACCAAAAACAUUUUCCUUCAUUGUUCUCUCCUUUUCCUCCCCAUGAUUCCGUAUUUUACUGUUUUGGUUGUGAAAACCUCCAGAAGUUGAAGAAAUUGUCGACAGUCUUGGCUCAGGUAGAUCAGUGUGAGGCUGCAGUACCGCCUGUGGCCACCUGUUGCAGCCAACACGGCUCGGGGAGGCGCUGUUUCACCGAGAUGAAUAACCAAUAAGUGAGAAAAGCAGGAAGUUUGUUGUAAAAAUAAUGAAAGAAACUCUGUUUCCCAGAAAUCCUAGUUUGUGCUCUGCAGCUGUGGCGCUUCCCAGGACAGCCACUGACCUGUGCGUCCUUCACUGAGCUGAUUAGCUUUUAGAAGCAGCUUGAUGUUGAAUAGAUGAUGAACAGUUGACGUCUGAGCUGCUGCAUGACGCUUCCUUCGUUUCUCUUCAUAUAAACUUGUUUCUGUCUCAUGUUAGCACUCAGAUCAUGAAUGUACAGCUCUGUAGACCUCUGUCGUUGAUUUGUAGGCGAUGGUGUGUGAAGACUGAUCUGUUUCCACUGUGAACUGUUCUAUUGGUCAGCCUGACUCAAACUGACCUGUGAUGGUUCAGUUUCUGGGCCAUUCAGGAACAUCUGAGACCAGGUUUCAGGACCUGAAUGUGGCUUUAGUGUUUCAGUCUGGUAACAUCAGUUUGAUGGUGAAGUUACUGCAGUUAAAACAAGUUAAACCAGGAAGAAAAUCUACUGAUGUUUAAAUGUUUAUAACUGAACUAAAAUCCACCUGCUCUAGAAAAAAGUCAUGUUGGAGGUUUUUUAUCCAAACUGUUGGACUCAUCCUGUGUUCGAGGGCAGGGACUAAUUUUUCAUCUAAUAAAAUUAUA